CAACGGAGAUGGGUCCCAUGGUGAGUCAUGGUGCAAUGAUGAUCUUCAUGGCCUCUUUGGUGUGGAUGAAAUGUUCAGCAGCACCAAUGCAGUGCCACUUCAACUCUCAAGCUCUGUGUGAGUACGAUGGGAAGCAGUACUCUAUGGGAGAGAGCUGGAUGGAGCAGGGCUGUGUGCAAUGCACCUGCCUGCACCCUGUGGGAGUGGGAUGCUGCGAAACGGUGCACCGGCCUGUGGACUUCCCUCCCUGGUGUGAAGUUCGGGUUGAAAAUCUGACCUGCCAGGUCACACUGGUGAUGACCUCUGAUCCUCGCCUGCCCUGCAUUCCUGGAGAAGAGAACAAUAUUGAUCCAAGACAUGGAGCACUCAACAUGAAACUAGAAGGUUAGCAUAGAGGAAGCCUUCAAACCAUGAAUCACCUGCCUGUCAGCUAACAUCUAUCUCACUGUUAUGUGAGAUGGCAUAUUACUCCUAUAGCGACUGUAUUCUCAAAACAUAAGCAUUACCAUUUAAGUUCUCAAUUUAAAGAAAGAUAGGAAGUGGUCUGACAUGUAGAGCAUGUAGGGAAUGAAAGUCAUGUGUUUAAAGUGAGAGACAGAUCAGUUGUUCUUUUCAUUUGUAUGGAAUGUGCAUUAUGUUAAUUUGUGCUUAUUCUACCAUGUUAUCACAUCACUAUAACAGUAAAAAUUAGCACUUUAUGGACUGUUGUUGUCUCUUGUACAGUUCAUUCCCUGAAUAUAUUCUCUCAAGAUGCUUUUUAAGCUCUGAGAACAAAACUGAAAGUGUAUUCACAUUAAAAAGUUACAACAACUAAAAACCUCUUCAUGAGAA